UAUUGCUUGCAUUGCAUGAAACCUCUUUUAUGCACAAAUAAUUCCAAUAAAUGCAUUUCCCAUUCACUACUAGUCCUCAAUCACUAGCAAUAACUUGCCUCUCCUAUUUAUUCAUCUCAUUGGUUUUCAUCAAUGGCUACCAAGCUGAGGUUAGGAGUGGAAACAACAAAGUUAUAUCUAUAGGUGUAAUAAUUGAUGUUAACUCUAGAGUUGGGAAAGAACAAAGAGUAGCCAUGGAUAUUGCAGCUCAAAAUUACAAUAACACUUCAAAUGCCAACAAGCUGGCUCUCUAUUUUCAGGAACCUAACAAGGGUUCCUUCAGAGCCAUGUCUCUUGCUGAAGAAAUGAUUAAAAACCAGAAGGUGGAUGUGAUUGUAGGGAUGCAAACAUGGACAGAAGCAGCUUCAGUGGCUGAAUUAGUACAUGAAGAUCAAGAUGAAGUUCCUAUCAUAUCCUUUGUAGCACCGGCAAUUACUCCACAUUUGAUGCCGAUUCGUUGGCCUUCUUUGGUAAGACUAGCUAACAAUGGAACAGCAUAUGCAAAAUGCAUUGCUGAUUUGGUUCAUGUUUAUAAUUGGCAUAGUGUAGUAGCCAUCUAUGAAGAUGAUGCAUAUGGUGGUGAGUCUGGGAUGCUAGCACUUCUAUCCGAGGCCCUCCAAGAGAUUGGUUCAAUGAUUGAAUAUCGUUUAGCUUUGCCAUCACUUACUUAUAUGUCUAAUCCAGGAGAAUUUAUUCGACAAGAGCUGUUUAAGAUAACCAGAAACACACAAUCUCGGGUAUUCGUUGUAUUGAAAUCAUCAUUAGAAAUGGGCAUUCAUUUGUUUAAGGAAGCUUCACAAAUGGGACUAGUGGAUAGAAAUUCAGCUUGGAUAGUCUCAGAGAGCAUAACUAAUUUGUUGGAUUCUGUCAAUAAGUCGAGUAUUUCUUAUAUGGAAGGAGCUUUAGGAAUCAAAACAUACUACUCAGAAAACAGCAAUGAAUAUAAAGAUUUUGAGGUUCAGUUUAGGAAAGCUUUUCGAGACAAGAAUCCUGACGAAGAUAACAGGGAUCCGGGAUUUUAUGCUUUGCAAGCAUAUGACAGCAUUCAAAUGGUUGGACAUGCAAUAAACAGAAUGGCUAGUGAUAACAAGACUUUACUACAAGAAAUAGUGUCCAGCAAAUUCCUUGGUUUAAGUGGAGAAAUUCAAUUUGAAUCAGAACAGCUUUCGCAGAAUCCUACAUUGAGGAUUGUAAAUGUAGAUGGAAAGAGUUACAGAGAAUUAGACUUUUGGACUCUAGAAAAUGGAUUCUUCACUAACAUCUCCACAAAACAAGUUAAAAAUGGUGCUUCUAGGAACUCAGAAAGUUUAAGUGGUGCAGUAAUUUGGCCUGGAAAGUUGCUUAGAGCUCCAAAGGGAUGGAACCUACCUACUAAACAAAAACCAAUGAGAAUUGCAGUCCCUGGAAGAACUUCAUUUUCCAAAUUUGUCAAGGUUGAUUCUGAUGAGGAAGGAAAUCCAAAAUAUAGUGGAUUUUGCAUUGAAAUUUUUGAGAAGGUUUUAACAAUUUUGGGCUAUGAUCUUCCAUAUGACUAUUAUCCCAUCAACGCAACCUAUAAUGAUCUGGUUCAACUUGUUUAUAACAAGACUUAUGACGGUGUUGUUGGCGACAUGACCAUACUGGCAGAGAGAUUGCAAUAUGUAGAUUUUACUGUGCCAUAUGCAGAGUCAGGAUUGUCGAUGAUAGUUACGGAGAAGUCUGAAGAAUCAGCAUGGAUGUUUAUGAAGCCCUUCACCUGGCAAAUGUGGGUGGUAACUGGUGUCAUCUUGAUUUAUACAAUGGUAGUAGUGUGGUACCUGGAGAGGGAAGAUAAUCCAGAGUUUCAAGGCAAUUGGAAAAACCAAAUCAUCACUUCAUUUGGAUUUACUUUCUCCUCGCUAUUCUUUGCUCAUAGAGAGAAAAUGCAUAGCAAUUUAUCUCGUAUAGUAAUGGUAUCAUGGCUGUUUCUAGUUUUGAUUCUUAAUUCAAGCUACACUGCAAGUCUUUCUUCAAUGCUCACAGUUCAACAACUGCGAGCAAAUAUCACCAACAUUGAGUGGUUGAAGAAGAACGACAUGAAAAUUGGUUGUGAUGGAGAUUCAUUUGUUAGGACAUACCUAGUGGAAGUCGAAAAAUUCAAACCAGAGAACAUCGUAAACAUUAGUAAUGAAAAUAAUUAUGACCCUGGAUUCAAAAACUACUCAAUUGCUGCUGCUUUUCUUGAACUCCCUUAUGAGAAAGUAUACAUCAGUAAAUACUGCAAGGGGUACUCUGCUUCUACACCUACCACUAGAUUUGGAGGACUUGGAUUUAUGUUCCAGAAAGGCUCUCCUUUGGCCAGAGAUGUUUCUAAAGCUAUUUUGCAGCUCUUACAGCAGGGUGAGUUGAAGAAACUAGAAGAUAUUUGGUUGAAUCCCACAGGUGUGUGCUCCAACAAUUUGAACUCCAAGAGUACAGAAAGUUUGAAGCUGGGAAGUUUCUGGAUUCUCUAUGUGAUUUCUGGUGCCACUUCUACUAUUUGUUUUCUACUUUCUACCAUCCACUCACUAAAAAAUAAUAAGUCACAAGAAAGUAAUGGAUCCCCAGAUGAUGUGAGCAGAUGGAAAAGGGUGGUUACAUUAACAAGGAAGAUUUGUAGCAGAAAGCAUAAUAAAACCAGCCAGGUACAGGAAGAUGUUACUGAUUGUCCUUCCGGAUGCGAUUGCAUCAGUAGCCCUGAGCAUCAGCAGGGAAUGGAUCUUCAAUUACCAGAAAUCAUAACAAUAUCUUCACCACCAACACAUGAUCAGAUGUAAAUGACAGUAGUUGAUCAACUAGAAAAGAUAACCAACAAUUACCUUUUUCACCCAAUUAUAGAUCCAGGAUUGUAGCUACAAAAGUUAGCAUGUACAUAAUUAUAAAUAGUACCAUCAGACCAGGUUUUUAAUUACUAUCCUGCUUCCGAACCAAAGUCGCAAGCUUCUUUAAGGAUUCAAAAUUUAGGAAACCUUUGCUAAGUCUCAAGACUCAUGUAUACAGCUAUUGUAUUAAGGCUUGAACGCAUUAAGCUAGACACUAGGGAACAUUUGUAUAAUUUUUUUUUUUAUUAAUAGGGAACAUUUGUAUAUAGAAAUUCAUUUCAUA